GUUUAUAAUUGGAGAUCUAUUGGAUUCAGAAAAUGACAUCUUUGAGGAGUCCCAAGAAUGUGACCCUCAUGGCUCAGAGGAGUCACAGAAAGCCUUCAACCAUGGGACAGAGCUCAUCCCAUGGUACGUGCUAUCCAUCCAAGCUGAUGUGCACCAGUUCCUGCUGCAGGGGGCCACAGUCGUCCACUACGACCAGGACAUGCACCUCUCUGCCCGCUGCUUCCUCCAGCUUCAGCCUGACAACAGCACCUUGACCUGGAUAAAGCCCACCACUGCCUCCUCAGCCAGCACUAAAGCAAAACUGGGUGUGCUUAGUAAUACAACUGAGCCUGGCAAAUUCCCGUUACUGGGCAAUGCUGGAUUAAGCAGCCUGGUGGAGGGGAUCUUGGAUUUGUUUUCAGUGAAGGCUGUGUACAUGGGACACCCUGGCAUUGAUAUACACACCGUGUGUGUUCAGAACAAACUGGGUAGCAUGUCUCUCUCCGAGACUGGUGUGACACUGCUCUAUGGGCUUCAGACCACAGACAAUAGAUUAUUGCACUUUGUGGCACCAAAGCACACAGCUAAAAUGCUCUUCAAUGGAUUGUUGGAACUCACUAGAGCUGUGAGAAAGAUGAGGAAGUUCCCUGACCAAAGACAGCAGUGGCUGCGGAAACAGUAUGUCAGCCUCUAUCAGGAGGAUGGACGGUAUGAAGGCCCAACUUUGGCUCAUGCUGUGGAGUUGUUUGGUGGCAGACGGUGGAGUACUCGGAACCCCAGUCCUGGGACAUCAGCAAAGAAUGCUGAGAAGCCCAAUGUGCAGAGAAACAACACCUUGGGCAUAAGCACCACCAAGAAAAAGAAGAAAAUCCUCAUGAGGGGUGAGAGUGGAGAGGCGACUGACGACGAGAUGGUGACACGGAAGGGCAAAAUUUACAAAGAGUGUCGUGGCCGGAGUGGUUCCGAUCCUCAAGAUAUUAACGAACAAGAAGAAGCAGAGGCGAAUGCCACCACUAGCCCUCCUAACCCCCUUCCUUCCAGAAGAGCCCACUCUUUGACCACGGCUGGCUCCCCCACCUUGGCUGCCGGGACGUCAUCUCCCAUCAGGCCAAUGUCCUCCCCUGUGCUGUCUUCUUCAAACAAAAGCCCGUCCAGGUGGGGCCUUAAACAUAAUAAAAUAGGAGGACCUUUCACAUCAUUGCAUUUGUGUGCAAGGGCAUAUUCUUCUAGUUGUCUAUGGAAGGACUGUCUUGAAUUUUGA